AUGCAUAUUGGAUUUACCAUUCUGCUGCUAAUGAUAUUCCACAAGAGGGCAGUUUUGUAUAGUUUUCCUUCCAAGCGUGGAAGGCAGAAUACCCUCUUUGUUAACAGCAGCAUAAAGUGCAAGGAAGGUAAGAAGCGCUCAAGUCGCACAGCAAAUAAGCUACACUGCAUGAAAAAGCAGAUAAAGAAAAACCAAUUCCAUGACCGGUGUGUAAUUAAUGUUAAGAGUGGAAAUGGAGGAGAUGGCAUAUGCUGUUUUACAACAUUUUCGCAGAAGAAAAAUAAAAAGUACGCUUCCGGUGGCCGGGGGGGAAAGGCGUCUUUUUACUAUGCUGGAAAUGGAGGAAAAGGAUUAAACAAUAAUCAAAGUGGGGAAAAUGGAAAAGACGAAUGUAUUAAUAUACCUGUGAAUACAAUUAUAUACGACGAAGAGAAAAAGUUUAUUAAUUUUAUUCAUUUAAAUGGACAAAAAGUGCUAAUCGCUUUGGGGGGAAAAGGUGGAAAGGGAAAUUACUCCUACAGAACUAAAAGCCUGAAAAUCCCAUUUGUCUGCCAAUUUGGGGAAAAAACAAAGGAAAAAAAAAUUUUCCUGAAAAAAAUAUUUUUUACCGAUUUUGGGAUUAUUGGCUACCCCAAUGUGGGGAAAAGCACGCUGCUGAAUAGGAUCACCAACGCGAAUGUAAAAAUUGCCAACUAUAGCUACACGUCCAAGUUUCCCAACCUGGGGAUAUUUAGGCGGGACCAGGGGGAGGGGGACCAGAACGGUGCAGAAGGGGACAACCUGGUUAAAGAAAAGAAGGGAGAUGAAGCCGUUUUGGAGGAAAACCACCUUGUUAACGAAAACGAGGGGGACGAAGCCGUUUUGGAGGGUAACCACGAGGAGGCGGAAGACCUACUGGAGGUAGAACCUGACUCGACGGACGAUACAAUUAGUGAGGGUGGCGAAAAGAGUAUUGCAAAGAACAACUACACAGUUAUCGACUUCCCGGGAAUCAUAAAAAACUUGGACAAAAAAGUAUCAAACAUAUCGUACAAAUACUUGGAACACCUGAAACAUUGCAAAAUAUUAAUUUACAUGUUUGACAUAAACAGCAGCAUGGAUGUCCUACUAGAAACGUAUAGAAACAUAAAAGACGUUUUGGUGCAGUAUGAUCCCAUUUUUAAAGGCAAAAAGGAAGUGGUGCUACUGAACAAAAUUGACAUAUACAAAGAGGAAAAAGAUAAUGUGAAUAAACUAAUCAACCAUUUAAGGGAAAAUUUAAAAAUAGAAAACAUAUUUUGCAUCUCUGCAUUGACGGGAGAAAAUGCAGUAGAAGCGAUAAAUGAAAUAGUUUCACAAAUCAAUGAUGAAAACAUCAUAAGUGAAUUUUUAAAAAGCUUACCUGAACCAAUCGAUAUUGCAAAAAUUGAAAAUAGUGACAAUUUUAGGCCAUCUCAAUUUGAAAUAUACAAAUAUAAAGAAAAUGUUUUUAUCGUUAAGGGAAAAUAUAUCGAAAAUCAAGCCAACAUUUUUAAUUUUUCCAAAAGUGACACGUCAAAAAUUUUUGCCAAAAUAUUAGAUGAUCUGAACUUAAAUGUUAGGCUGAAAAAUGUGGGUGCAAGGGAGGGUGAUAGGAUUAUCAUAAGCAAUUACUCGUACGAGUUUUCCCUCGAGGGGGAUUAG